GUUUACAAAAUCAAACUUUCAGAGAUGCAUGCUCAAAAGAAGUAGAAAUCAGAAAACAACUGGCUUUGCAUCUUCUUGUGCAUUUCUGCUGCACACUGCUUCCUGCGAAUUCCUGUUGCCGAUAAACUGCGACGAAAGAAAAGCCAUAAUGUGAAGCGAUUAUGGUGAUCUUAGGAUGAACGUGAUUCCACCAAUGAAAAGUAAUUAGGUUAUUGCGGACUGCAAAUGACUUCCCGUUUUGCAAACUGGAUCUUCACGUUUCAACAGGUUUUUAAAUUGAUGUAUCCACGAUUUACCGGCAAAAUUAUAAAUGAGAAAGUCGAGCGGAGGAAACGUUUAUCAAAAGAUUGAGGCUUGACGAGCCGCCAGGGCGACAUUUUGAUUUGUUUUCCACGAUUUGCUACAUUGCAGAAACUUUAUUUACAAUCUGAAAAGCGUAUCUGUCAAAUCCAGCGAUAUGCCCACACGGAAUCUGGACGUGACACGAUCGCAUUCGUCCACGAAUAUCGAAAAUCUUACAUCGAUUCCCGUUGGGGGAAGCAUCACUUUGAUAAACUAUAACCAUACGCAACUGCCGGAUGAGUGCACCACGAGCUCGGCGAAAGAUCGCGGCUGGGCUUGGGUUGUGUGUGCAGGAUCAUUUUUCGUCAUGUUCAUGGUGUAUGGAAUUCAUACGUCGUUCGGUGUUCUUCUUGUGGUGCUACUUGACCAUUUCAAAGCAAACAAAGCAAGCACCGCUUGGAUUGGUUCAAUAUCUGUGAAUCUCCUCUUCCUCUUUAGCCCCGUCACCAGUUCCCUUGCGGGGCGUUAUGGUGUCCGGGUUGUCACGAUCGCUGGAGGAAUAGUUAUGAGUGUUGGACUCUUUCUCAGCUCAUACGCGCCCAGUCUUCUAUUCUUGUACAUCAGCUACGGUCUGCUACUGGGUAUCGGAACGAGUCUUUGUGCGACAAUGGCACUAAUUGUGUCAGCGGACUACUUCGACAAACAUCUUUCUUUAGCCACCGGUAUUGUUGCGUCAGGAAGCAGUUUUGGAACUGUAAUUUUCCCACCUACCCUACAACUCAUUGUGCAACGAUACGGAUGGGAAUCUUCUUUUCGAAUAAUGGGUUUAGGCGGAAUAAUGAUGGCUAUCACAGGACUGGUUUACAGAUCCGUGAACAGACAAAAUCAUGUGCCUCUCGGCGCUGAAAGAAAUCAGUGCUUUGAUAUGUCAGUGUUAAAUAAUCGAGGCUUUGUGCUAUGGACGGUUGCUACUACUAUCGCAGGGUUUGGUUAUUUUAUACCGCAUUUUUUCCUAGUGCGACAUUCUGAAGACCUGGGAAUACCGCUGUCCCAAGGCAGCUGGCUCAUUUCCUAUCUCGGAAUCUCUUCGGCUCUCGGUCGGUUGCUCUUCGGGCGAAUCUCGGAUGCGUGUUCUUUUAAAAACAUUCAUAUAUACCGUUCAUGCAUGUUCUUAUCUGGGUUAGCCUCGGUAUUAUGUCCCUUAGCAAGUUCCUAUUGGGCCCUUGUCGUGUAUGUUGUGGUGCUGGGCAUUCUGGAUGGUUCCUAUAUCGGACUCAUGUCCAUUGUGACCCUGGACAUUGUGGGGGUGCACAAAAUUGCCCCUGCCUGGGGAAUCUUGUUUUUCUGCCAGUCCUUCACUUAUUUAUUAGGCCCUCCAACAGCAGGUUUCAUGUACGACCAUCUAAAAACGUUUAAACCUGUUUUUUAUUUGGCUGCUGGACCCAUGAUUUUUGGCGCGUUUCUAUUGCUCUUCGCCGCUCUCUGUAAGUCAAACCAGACUUCUCUCGGCCGGCAGGACGUCAUUAGUCUGGUGUCUUCUCCUAAACACUGCGAUGGAUUGGACUCAAGCUGUCGACGCUGUUCUUGUCCUCCGAAAAUCGUGUUAACCCCACCGGGAGACGAAAGAUCUUUGUUAGUUGUGGAGAGAUUGACGGUCAUAUGAUUGUUUAGAACUGAGAAUAAUUGCCUUAACCCUACAACUCCCAAGAUCUGAUUGUUAAUUCUCCCCUCUGGUCGCUAUACAUUUCCUUGUAAAUUAGUUUCGAGAAUUUGGCGUUAGAUCAAGAUAGCAACUUCUACCUGAUAAUUUUGAGUAUUCCCAUCACCGUAAAUCCUUUAUUAAGCUCCCCCGGGGGCUUAUUACUUCCAAUCACUUU